AUGGGGGCCACAGGGGCUAUAGGGGUACAGGGCAUAUAGAAGCUAUGGGGUGCCAGGUGCAUAAAGGAUAUGGGGACUGUAGAGGACACAGGGACUCUGGGGGACACAGCUGUUCACAGGGGCUGGGGGGGGCACCGGGUACAUGGGGGUAUGGGGUUUAUCAUGGUGUAUAUGGACGAUAAGGAGCACAGAGAUAUAGGGUGUCUGGGGGCACUAAUGGUGUUGGGGGUCUAUGGGAGCUCUGGGGGGACACCAGAGCUAUGGGGAGCACAGGGGGUAACUGAGGGGCUGGGGGCACCAGGGGCACGGGGGCUAUGGGGACACAGGAGCCCUGGGGAGCACAGAGACUGUAGGGUCCGUGGUGGAUACCUGGUGGUAUGGGGAUUUUGGAGGGGACAAGGGACCUGGGGGGGGGGUAUAAAGGUGAUAAGGGGGCUGGGGGCACCAGGAGCAAGAGAGCUAUGGGGCUACAGGAGGCAGAGCUGCUAUGGGAGGGGGGCUGCAGGGCCGAGGGGGUGUACGUGGGAUAUAUGGCACUGAGUCCAUGGGGGACCAUAUGGGGACACACAGCCCCCGGUCGCACCCACGCAGGCCUGGCUGGAUGGGUGCUGGUGGCCAUGUGCCCCCCCCCCCCGGCCCUGAUAGCCAAGGCCAGGCGUUAAUGGUUAACCCCCGGCCCCCACACCUGUGUGGCUCCCAGGGGGGCUGGCACCCCGGAGUGCCCCACACAGGGCACUGGGACCCCCUCAGCCAUGCCUGUGGGGUGUCCCCCACUGUGUGACCGCAGGGAGGGGUCCCGGCACGCCCCCACCCCGCAGAGGCACCCCGCGUCCCCUGGCAGCACCCAGCUGGGUGCCGGCUGCCCCUUCCCAGGGGUGUCCUUGGGGUAGGGAGUGCCCCGAUAAGGGGGGAGAUUUAAGGCUGGCGGUCGACCCGUUGUCCCUUGCUGAGCUGGGAUCACGAUGCUGACGCUCCUUGUCCCCCUGCUGCUUGUGGCUAGCGGCUGCCAGGCCGCGGUGCUGCCAAAAGAACCGCAGUCGCGGGUGGUGAACGGGGAGGAUGCGGUGCCCUACAGCUGGCCCUGGCAGAUCUCGCUGCAGUACGAGCGCGACGGCACCUUCCGGCACACCUGCGGGGGCACCCUCAUCGCACCCGGCUGGGUGAUGACGGCCGCGCACUGCAUCUCCUCCACGCUCACCUACGAGGUGGUGCUGGGCGAGUACGACAUGAGCACUGCCGAGGGCUCUGAGCAGCGCAUCCCUGUCGCCUCCUCUGACAUCUUCGUGCACCCCAAGUGGAGAAGCUCGUGCGUGGCCUGCGGCAACGACAUCGCCCUGAUGAAACUGCGGCACAACGCGGUGCUCAACACCCAAGUGCAGACGGGGCAGCUGCCGCCCGCCGGCACCAUCCUGCCCGACGGCUACCCCUGCUACCUGAGCGGCUGGGGACGUCUGUCCACUGGCGGCCCGCUGCCGGACCGGCUGCAGGAGGCGCUGAUGCCCGUGGUGGACUACGAGCACUGCACGCAGCCCGACUGGUGGGGCAGCCUGGCCAUCCGCACCACCAUGAUCUGUGCUGGCGGAGCCGAGAAGGCUGGCUGCAACGGCGACUCGGGAGGCCCCCUGAACUGCCAGGCUGAGGAUGGGCACUGGGAGGUGCACGGCAUCGCCAGCUUCGUCUCGGGACUGGGCUGCGACACCCCGAAGAAGCCCACUGUGUUCACUCGCGUCUCUGCCUUUGAGGACUGGAUCGCUGAGACCAUACAGAACAACAGCUGAGAUGGGCAGCGGCGACCUCCCGGCAUCGCAGAGGGCAAAUAAACCUGCAGAGCUGA